AUGGCAAUUAAACAAGAAGAUGACUGGAUUAAAAUUGCCGACGAAUUUUAUACUCGCACAAAUUUUCCCAAUAUCAUUGGAGCGAUAGAUGGUAAGCAUAUUAGGAUGAUACAACCAGAACAUUCCGGAACAUCAUAUUUUAAUUACAAAAAAUUAUUCUCUUGUGUUUUAAUGGCUUGGACAGAUGCAGAUUAUAAAUUUGUUUACAUAGAUGUUGGUUCUUAUGGAACAGCUAGUGAUUCAGAAAUUUUUAAAACAUCACAAAUGGGAAAACGGCUUUCUGAAAACCAGCUUUAUAUUCCCUCCGGGAGGCAUUUGCCAAAUGAUGAUGACGGAAAUGUCAUUCCAUUCUCUGUCGUUGGCGAUGAAGCGUUUGGACUUGGAAAUCACAUUUUAAGACCUUAUGCAAAAAGAUAUUUAAACUAUACCAAGCGAAUUUUUAACUAUAGACAUACAAGAGCUCGUCGUGUGGUUGAGUGUACAUUUGGGAUUCUCGCAAACAAAUGGCGUAUAUUUCACCGCCCAAUUGAUGUGAAUAUCGACUUUUGA